UUAGUACAGGUUGUUGAAACAAUCUAUCAGAAAGAAUUACGCAUAUACGUUAUAUAAACACUUAUUUUACUACUUUUCACAGCAUGCAUAAAAUGUUUAAAGAUGAAGAAACGAGGCCAAACGAAUCAAUAUGAGAUUGCCAAGAAUAGGGAACAAAGAUCAAAAGAUCGAACGAGAUAAAUAUUGAGACGGUAAGGAAUAGCACAUCAUUAUCAAAGUACGACAGUCAAGCAAACAUCUGACAUUUCUUGUUACUGUUUCGCAAAGAAAAUUACCAUUAAUCAAACUUAUUUGCACUGUUAUCAUAUAAUUUGACGAACAGUUAUUAGUAGAAAUUAGUUUCCAUCAAGGCAGGUAAUGAAAAAUGUAGCUUGAAAUGAAAAAUGUAACUUGGUAAACAAAUGUUUAUCUGAGGAAUUUAUUGAGUUUGAUCAGUCUUGUGGCAGUGAAGUGCAAGUGAAAUUUGAUAAAAAAUACGAGUUUUAAAUGAUGUCUCCAAUAAAGUGCAUUACUAUCGAAGAAGAACUGAAGAAAAAUCCAGAACUAAAAUUAUCGGACAUGCAGAUUCUGAGGGAAUGGUGCAAAGNUCUGACGAAAUGGUGCAAAGAACAACCACAUCUGCCGAAAAUCCAGGACGUGAAGCUCGCCAUAUUUAUACAUAACACUUACUAUCACAUAGAGUCGACGAAGAAAAUGGUUGAAAAUUAUUACACUUGUAGAACUCAUAUGCCGGAAUUAUUUUCCAAUAGAGACAUACUGAAAGAGAAACGAUUACGAGAUGCUUUCAAAACCGUGUAAGCAUAAUAUUUUUUUAUAUUAAUCGCUGAACAACUUGAAUAUAUACAUAUUAGUUUUACUACGUAUUUAAACACAUUACAUAGCCUCGUCAUAAAUUCUAUCAAACAAAUUUCAAUAAUUCUUGUUUUGAGAAAUUAGAAUGGAGGUUAGUUGCACAUCAGUUAUUUUGCAGUUAUGUCAGGACACACAAAAUAUUAAAAAUUUUGUAGAAUUAUUAUGCAUUAUUUAAAACAGGAAAAUAUGCUCAUAAAAAUUUUGGCGCAUUAAAAACAAUUGGUAUAAACGAACGUUUUGCAUA